AUGUAUGCGAUACGCUACAAGCAUUCACUACCAAUUUUACCAUUUCCGGACAUAGACUUCACUAAUGCUGACAAUGGAAUUAUUUAUUUCAUCAAAUUUUAUACAAAUUUUAUCCUGUACAAAUUUGGUUAUGAGCUGUAUAUGACUUUCGUCCUUAUCUCAGCAGUAGUGGCUUCAAAUAUUAUCUCGUUAUCAUCAGUAACUGGCUUAGUGAUUUGCUUGCUAAUAGACCGAUGGCGCGUUCGACGUAUAUUCUUAAUUUUUGUCUGCUAUCAUUUAAUUGUUCUUGUCUACUCACUGCUUGCAUAUAUCGGUCCUAUACCUGGAAUACCUAUACAUCCGGAUUACGCUCCAUAUUUUGCUUUCAUUAAUAAUGGACAAUAUACAGCCAGUUCGCAGCGCAAAUCAUCAUAUGCUAUUUAUUGUUAUUUCCUCAAUCUUAGUAUCUCCAUCAUACAGUAUCAUAAUUUCAAAAUUGAGCGUUUGGAAAGAGACAGUGCUAGUGGUGGAUCAAAUGAUGGCAUUCUGUUAGCGCUUUAUCGAAAUGAAUCUCUCGAAUGUAAUCCUGCGCCUCAUUUCUUCUCUACUCAUCUGAAGGUAUUGGAUGAAUUGAAGCGAUGUAUAUGUUCCUACUAUCAUUGGAUUGUAUUAUUGCUUGUGUUAUCAGAUGGAAUACGUCUCUCAUCACCACUCUUUUUAUCAGCGGUUCUUAUUAUCCUUGCAUUUCUUAAUCUUUGGCGUGGUGCUGAUCUUUAUCUUUCGCAUCCAGCUAUUUUUAUCCGAAAAUGGCGUCUAAUAACACUUUAUCUUCUUAUUGCGGUUUUCCUACGCAUUGCAGCAUUGGUAUGA